UCAACUCGAGCUUUAUGCGAUUCGCGCUUUUACCGUCAUGAGUCAGGAGUAUUUUCCCGGCAAGGGCGGCUCCUCUGCCGGUGAGGGAUCGUCCAGGAAUCCACUGGAUGAGAAACCUGAAGAAAGUCCAUUUGCCCCCCGACUCCCACCUUCUUAUAUGACAGUUGGAAAUGGCUCGACUUCCGAGAGCGCAACGGCCUUAAUGAACUCGUUGCACGCAGACUCGGGGUAUGGUGGCAGUGUUGCAGAUGGUGAAUCUGGUGCAUCUUGGAGAUCCGACCUGAUGGUGGAUAGGCCGACACCUGCGCAUACUCCUACGCAUCCUGGACAGUGGAAUCCCGCUGCUGAGCACGAGAAGCAAAUUGUUGCUAGCCAUGUCCACCAGCUAUUAUAUAAUUCCAAUCGGACCAAGCUUGCGCGUGCGAUUUCCCGGACCAUCGAGACAUUGAAGGAGCUUCAGGAUAUGAACCGCCAAUGGCCCGCCCACUACCCCUCUGUACAGAACCUUCCGGACUCGCCUUCGGACCGUCCGUCGUUACAGCAGAGCCAGUCGUUUUUUGGAGACGCCGCUGCACACAAUGAUGGUUUGGCCCGGCCUGGGAGCUUGAGACGUGCUGCCACUAUGCCUACAAACGAGGAACUUGCAGAAUCGAGCGCCACCGCCGAACGCCGAGCCCCGCCAGAACCAAGAUUGAUGAGCCCGCAGAUUGCGCAAGAAUUCUCGAUUUUGAAGCUGGACUUGAAGUUGGGAGCUUUGUCGCAAGCUGAACUGGUACAUUCUCUUGAAAAGUCGUCGAUUGCGUCGCUACUGGAUGGGAAGAUCGGGCAAAGUAUCAAGCAUCUUCUUUCACUGCGAGACAGGAUUGAAGAUACCUCCAGCAAGGUGCUCAUCACUGGAGACUUGAACGCAGGAAAGUCAACGUUCUGUAAUGCUUUGCUUCGUCGCAAGGUACUACCCGAAGACCAGCAGCCCUGUACGAGCAUUUUCUGCGAAGUCCUCGAUGCUCGGGAAAAUGGUGGGCUCGAGGAAGUGCAUGCCGUGCACAAGGACCGACAAUACAACCGCAAUGAUGAGACUACCUAUGACGUCUAUGCGCUAAGUGAACUCGAGAAUAUCGUUAUCGAUAACACAAAGUAUAUGCAGUGCAAGGUUUACGUGAAGGAUGUACGGACCAUCGAUGAAUCCUUGUUAAACAACGGCGUGGUCGACAUUGCUCUGAUUGACGCACCGGGUCUUAACUCGGAUUCUCUGAAGACCACGGCCGUCUUUGCUCGCCAAGAGGAAAUUGAUGUGGUGGUCUUUGUCGUUUCGGCUGCCAACCACUUUACUCUCUCGGCCCAGGACUUCAUUUGGAACGCUGCGCACGAAAAGGCUUACAUGUUUAUGGUUGUCAACGGGUUCGAUCAGAUCCGCGACAAGCAGAGGUGUCAGCGCAUGAUCUUGGAUCAGAUUAAGAAGUUGAGUCCGCGUACAUAUAAGGAAGCUGCUGAACUCGUGCAUUUCGUAUCGAGCAAUGCUGUCCCUGUUGCGCCGCAGAUUCCUGUUGCAGGUCCCGGUGGAGGUGGCGGUGGCGGUGGCGGGGGAUCCGAUCCCAAUGGGAAUGAUUGGCCGAGCGGUGACGACGAUGAGGACAAACCUGAGGAUAAGAAGGGUAAAGGUAAAGAGAAAGAAAAAGAGAAGAUACAAGAUUUUGAGAACCUUGAGAGUUCAUUGCGCCGGUUUGUGCUCGAGAAACGGUCACGCUCAAAACUAGCUCCUGCCCGGACCUAUCUUCUUAACUUGCUCGCAGAUAUUAAUGCUUUGGCUGCUGUCAAUCGCGACGUCGCAGACAAGGAACUUCAGAAUGUGAUGAAAGAGUUGGCAGAUCUUGAGCCUGCGUACGAGAAUGGCAAAAAGAAGAAGAUUCAGCUACAGGAAGAAGUCGACAAGUGCAUCGACGACUCGUGUGAAGACGUUUACAAGCAUACACGAACGACUUUGACUUCCGCAAUUGCGAAUGUCUCCGAGGCCAACCUAGGUGUUGAGUACCCUGGUAUCUUCUCUGCAUUCCAAUACGCUGAAGACUUGAAAUUCGCCAUGUUAGAACACAUCUCCGCCUCAGUGGCUGGAUGUGAGGAUUAUGCACGUACGAAGACGGCACAGGGCGUUGGUUUCAUCCAGAACCUUGGCCUGUUACAUAUUGGAGAAGACAAGUUUACUGCGCCGACUUUCCGCGCCGAUCUAAUGUUCCGUCGCGGACGUCGCCAUGCACUUGCGCGACAGGUCGACACAGAGGUGGAGCUCUUGGAUUUUUUCGAUAUCACAGGCCUCUGGGAGCGGCAAGAAAAGCUCGCGGGAACAGGCAUGGCUAUGACAGCCGUGACUGUCCUUGGUGGCAGGGCAUUUGGUGGUAUCAGCUGGCUGGACAGCGCCUUCAGUGCCGCAAAAUUCCUGGGCCCAAACCACAUGCGGCGUCUCCUCCUCCCUGGUAUUGUCGCUGCUGCUGCCAUUACCGUGGCCUAUGUGCUCUCUUCAAUUCCCCAAACCCUUCCUCCUCGUCUCUCGCGCAAGAUUGCUGCCACGCUUUCGGAGAUGGAUUACGUCCAUUCAAACUCUACCCGUAUAUCAUCUGAAGUUCGCCGUAUUCUCCGUCUACCUGCCAACAACCUUCAGAACUCGCUAGCCCAGGAUGUUGAAGAUCUCGGACGACGCAAGCAGGAAGUUAGCAAGACGAAGCAGGAGAGCGAGGUUGCAAGCAAGUAUUUCGCCAAUCUGUUCCGCGAAAGUACUGAUAACAGAACGUCUGUUGAGAACAUCGACCUUGACGGCCCACUACCUGGUGGACUUGGUGCCUAUGAGGCAUGA